ACACUGAGCAAAGGUGAAAGUGAAAGUUGGGUCUCAGUACAGGACUGAGGUGUAGAUUGUUCUGUAAAAACGUGUAGAAAUGCACAUAUAGUGACUAUUAGAGUGGUUAUAGAUUUAAAUAAACUAUUUUGAAAGUGAAGUGGAGGACGUGAAGACCAGUAAAGUUAAAAUGGCAGAGUCCAGAGUUCAUAAUCAGUUUAAACUCACCUCAGAAGACCAUGUGACGGCCGAUGUUGGUAAAGAGGUCACCCUCCCCUGUCACCUCUCACCUGACACCAGUGCUGUUGCCACGACGAUCAGGUGGUUUAAGGGGACAGAGUGUAUUUACCUGUAUAAGAAUGGCCAGGUGACAGAGAGGGGUGGCUAUGAGGGCAGAGUGAGUCUGAUCACCCAGGAGCUGGAGAGAGGCAACGUGUCUCUGAGGCUGAGAGACUUCAGGGAGUCAGAUAGAGGAGUCUACAUCUGUCAGGUCAUCCAUGGAGAACAGAAGGAGGAGGCUGCAGUGGGUUUAUUGGUCAGAAGAGGUAGGAGUUCAUAG